AUGGAGGAGGUGGAAACGGAUGAUCAAAAUCAUGGCGAUGACACGAGUCAAUCGGAGGAGGAAGAAGAAAAGCCUGUUGAGGGAGGGGAGGAUAAGCAGGAUGACCACUUCGAGACGGGACACAGCUUCCUCGACUUUGAAAACAUCCUGCUGGAUGUGAGGCUGAGGAAGGCAAUAUUAUACCUGCUCAAGUUCAAGUACCCAACAAAAAUACAAAAGGUAGCCAUUCCACAUAUCCUCCACGGGCGAGAUGUGAUCAUAAGUUCGAAGACUGGGUCAGGGAAAACCAUGGCCUACCUCAUCCCACUAGUACAGAACAUACUAAAAUCAAAUAUAAAUGAAAAGGAAUCCUUGAAAUUUUUUUACAAAGGAAUAAUCCUUGCCCCCACAGAAGAAUUAUGUUUACAAAUUUACCAAGUAGCAGAAACAUUAUGUUCCUACCUGAAGAAUAUCAUAUCCUUUAAUCACAAUAUAAACAAAACAUUUUAUGACCAUCCCACUGUCCUAGUAACAACCCCUAAACAUUUGUAUAACCACACUGUAGAGUGUAAGAAAAAACAUAACCUCGAUAUAUUAUCUAAUUUAAGAAUUCUGGUUGUGGAUGAAGCAGAUAUUCUUCACAGCAAAGAAUUUCAAAAAUGGAUGAACCUUUUAGCUAGCCAACACCUUCCAAAAAAUUAUUCUCAAAAAUAUCAAAUUGUGAUGGCCUCUGCUACACUGAAGGAAAACAUUGUGGGGAAAACAAAACUGUUUUUGCACAACCCUGUUUUUGUAAGUGCUGAAUUGGAGAAGAAUGGACGUAGCACCUCCGCUAGUACACAUCACACACAUGGCCUCCACAAGCAAGACGCUUCUGUCAGCAACAGUAGUAACAGUCGUUUACCCUUUAGAAAGGACAAACGGAGUGAUUGUUCUAGUCUUCACAAUAUAAAGGAACCCCUCACCCAUCAGCAAUUCAGGGGCAAAUCAUUUUACUACCUGUACCCAGACGAAACCACCAAAUAUAUUUACCUGUACAACCUUAUAAAUGACAAAUUAAUUUUGCACAAGUCCAUUAUUUUUACUUCUACCAUCCAUGAUGCCUACAAGAUAAAAAUAUUCCUCACUUACUUUGAUGUUCCUUGUUCCAUCCUGAACCCAAACCACCCCGUUUUGGUGAGACAAAACAUAAUUUUCGCCUUCAACAACUAUAAGAUGUUCUUCUUGAUAUGCCCCCAGUAUGAGAACAAUGUCGGGGCGAAGGGGGCCAAGAGCGACACGGGCGACACGGCAAGUGUGCGCAGUGGGGGGGACACAGACAGUAUGGGGGAUGAUGCGACCAGCCACGACGACAGCGCUCAUGAGGAUGACGCACAUGAAGACGACGCACGUGAAGACAGCGCAAAUGAUGCGGAUGCUAACGACGAGGACGAAACGGGAAACCAGGACGACGCUACCGAUGACGAGAAGGACUUUCUGUACAACCGCGGACUCGACUUCCAAGGAGUGCACUGCGUGCUCAACUUUGACAUGCCCCUCGACACAAAGACCUUCGUGCACCGAGUGGGAAGGACCUGCAGGCUGAACAACAAGGGUAUCAGCAUUUCCUUCGUCAACGAAAAUGCACCGGCGGAACAAAACAUCCUACAAAAAAUAUGCGCAAAAAAUAUAUGCACCAUAUAUCAAAAGACAGUGACACAAAAUAAGGUCGAGAUGUACAGGUACCGAGUAGAGUCUACCCUCAAUAAAUGCACCAGCAAAAAGGUGAAACAAUUUAUUCAAAAGGAAAUCCUGUAUCAAUCCUUGAAGUCCAAGGAGCUGAAAGAAUUUUUCAACUCCAAUGAAGACGAAAAAAAGGCCAUCAACAAAAUUGUAAAAUAUUUUAAUACACAUGUCGUGCCACACAAACUCAUUAAGGACAGAUUGAAAAACUUAUUCUUGAAAAAGCCGAAGAAAAAGGGGAUACAAAAAGAGGGUAUAAGCAAAAAUGGAAAAGAAAAUGGAGACAUGAGGAUGGACAGAAAGAACCAACACCACAAUGGAAAGAGCAAUGGAAGAGAAGAUGACAAAAGAGCAGCGCAACAACACUAUGUUAAAAGUAAAAGCAGCGGGUUGGUGCUGACCGAACAAGCAUAUCAGGAUCAGCUGAGGAAGGAACCAGAGACGGAAGUGGCCGACCCCACCAAGCUUCCCCCCAUUUAUGGAAAGCGCUUGCGAAAUUAUGUGUAUAACAAGUACGUAAUGGGGAAACGCCGGAUGGGUGCUAGCGCGCGCGGCGGAAGGGCUAACCGUGGAAGGGCAAAUUUUAGCGGCUCACACAAUAGUAGCGCGCAUAAGGCAAAACUUAACGGGGACAGUUGCGCUCAUAGGAGUAGGCAGGACGGGACGCACAAGAAAAGGCGACACGGUAGCGCCUUCCCCCAGAAGGCCUAA